GCGCAUUAACUUUCGCAGACUUUUGAAAAAAUGACGUUGAUGCUAAAAUUAGACCAUUGCCUCAGUGGUACCAAGUUGGAAAGGUAUAAAAGGAGGGCCAAAAUGAAGCAAACCGCCCUUUGGGAGAAAGGAAAAUUAUGGCAUCAGUGGACCAGUAUAGAAAGUUCUCUCACCUGGCCCUGUCGGACUAUAACCUUAGGAGACUUGACUAUCCAAGGCCUGACCCAAACGGGGACGACGGCGCUGUAAAACUUUACGGGGAUCACUUUGGAUUUACUGCAGGUAGGUGCAAGAGAUGCGAAAAGCCAUUCGAUGUGACCUUUACAAACAGAACACAAUGCGACUUCCACACCGAGAGAUCUAGAAGAUAUGGUGGCAGACAACACCCACAUGGAUGCUGUGGAAAAGGGUUGGGCUCAAAAGGCUGUCGUAUUGCUCCAAGUCACGUGUACAAGGGCAAUCUGUACUUAGACUUGCAAGGAUACAGGAAAACUCAAAGAAAGGAGGACUCGCCUGCUGACGGUAACUAUGGCGUCUAUGCCUUGGAUACAGAGUCGGUUCACACUGUGAAGGGUUUGGAAGUGUGCAAGGUGUCUUUAAUCGACACACAGCUGAAUGUGGUCUACAACAAGUUUUGUCUACCAACGUCAGAGAUAGUAGACUAUAAUACCAUUUGGAGUGGUAUUACUACAAGUGAUCUUGAAGGUGUCACAAGGACAUGCGAUGAGAUGCGAGAUGAAUUGUUGGAAUUUAUCUCUGCUGAUACAGUAGUGGUUGGACACGGACUUAACCAUGAUUUUAUAUCACUGAAGAUAAUCCACGACAAGGCAGUGGACACGAUCAUGCUGUAUCCCCACAACAGAGGACUGCCCUUGAGAAGGUCUCUGAAGGAGCUGGCGGAGAGUGUUCUUGGACAGAAAAUUCAGACUGGAGACGGACAUGACAGUAAAGAAGAUGCGGAGGUUACCAUGAAACUGGCGCUCCGUAAAAUCUAAACACAUGCUUAUCAAGAAAUACACUAACAUUGAUAAUAUUGUUUACAAAACUUUUCUUUUUAACAAAAUAAGUGACAUGACAUGAGAUAUUGUUUAUCUCUAUUUGAGCAACCACCAAUAACCCAUUUUAUGUCAUCGAAACCGAAUUGACUCUUACAAUGAAGAUAACGUAAAAGGUCUAAAAUUGCACAUAUUCAACCAAACAUUCUUUUAAUAGUUAUGGGAAGAUAUAUUUAUCGCUUGUUUCAGUGCAUGAGCCGUCUAUAUGAAUCGCAUAUAUUAACAAUACCUGUCAAAGUUAACCUCUAUUUUGAAAAUAUUCUUUGCUAUAUAAAGUUGGAGCUGUGCACCUAUAAGCUUUUUCAUGUAAAGUUUGAGUUGUGUACCAUAUACAUUCUGUAAUUAUCUUUGCUUUUUGUACCAUAAAGUCUUUGCUGAAAAAAAAUUGGAUAGGUGUACCGUUAGUUAUCUUUAAAAAGUGUGUGAACUGUCACGAAACAUGUUCUUUAUUCUGUUUGGUGGAUCUUUGGUGUAACAGGGGUUGUCGGCGGAAGAUGUCCUUAGAAAAUAAUUUGAAUCUAAUUCAAAUACAAAACGGACAAUAUUGUCGAUGGCAAAUGCAUACCUUAAUGGAUUUUAAUGAUGAUUUUAACACUUCAAAAUUAAAAAACAAAUGGUUGUGAUAUCAUAUUUUUUUUAUCUAUUGUGUUUAUUUGUUUACUAUUAUCUCCUGUGAUGUUUAAUGAUGUGAUUAGUAAGGCAUUCAACUCAAGUGUCAUAUAUUUUCAUUAACAUUUAUACUAUAGGUAUUUUAGAGAAUGUAUUUAAUAUAAUGAUUAAAGAUAAAAAAAAUCUUAA